GACUAACAUCAACAUCCAUUGUUUGCCAACAACCCGACACGCGAGUCGUCCCGCCACCGGCCCGCCCAACCACGCGCACAGCCUGCCAAAGCCCGCGACACAAGACCUUGACCCUGAUUCUCUCCCCCCGCUGGCUAUGACGGCGCAAAUCCUCCACAUGCAUCCUGCGCACGCGUCGGAUUUGGGAAAGAUCCAGACGCAUUUUGGAGACAAAAUGGACAGCGCUGUUGGUGCUGCCAGCGAGCCCCCGACCCCCGCAUCGCCCGACAGCGGCGAAGCCCGCGGCCGUCGACGCGACAGGGACGACGAUGGCGACACGGGCGAUGGCGACGGCGACGGUCAUGGCUCCUCGAGAAAGAGGCGGCGCAGCAGAAAGGGCCUCGACAAGAAGUUUGAGUGCCCCCACGAGGGCUGUGGCAAGAGCUACUCCCGCGCAGAGCAUCUGUACCGCCACCAACUGAACCACAAUCCAAAGCAAAUAUACCACUGCGAUUUCCCCGAUUGCCAUCGCUCCUUUGUCCGACAAGACCUCUGCGCGCGCCACAAGGAAAGGCACACGGCCCGGGGUUCCCAAUUGCUGCGCAAAGACACUUUCAACAUGCACAACCUGAAUCCCAUCGUGACUGCCGCACUGGGAGGAAAGAGCGCACCGCCUCCCAAAGCGCUGAGCAUGAAGAGCCAAGGACCACAUGGCCUGCAAUCUCCAGCUUCUGCAUCUUCCAACGGAGGACCUGGCGCGCAAAUGUCACCGCCAAACUUCCAUUCGCCAACCCCAACCACAGCAACGCAUAGCAGGCAAGACUCGCUGCAAAGGACAGGAAGCGAUGAUGCCUACAGAGGCAGCUCGGAGGCCAAGCCUUAUGAUAUGCAGGCUCAGAAUUCAGGGAACUUUGCACCCCCACCCCGUCCGGCCGCAUUGGGUAAUUACGGGGGAGUCCGGACGCCUCUCCACAACUCCCCACAUGUGGGUAAUGGCAGCUUCACACGGCCCGAGCUACGCGCGCAGACGUCAAACGUGAGUUCAUACAGCUCAACGUCACCCUAUAGUUCGACCGUCACUCCAUCGCCAUAUACCCCCUCGGGCUCGUCGACCAACUACCAAAACAGCGCAAGUGCGUAUCAAUCAGUGCAAAAUUUCCCUGCGUUCUCCUCCUUACCACCACCAGAAUACCCACAAUCCACUGGCACCCCGGCGACUCGAGAACAUGAAAACCAAUACUACAAUGGCACGUCCGCACAGACUCCCGUCAAUGGCGUCGACUCUUCAGCUCAGAUAGACAACCGCAUGCAGGGUGUAUCGGACGCCAUGAUGGAUCAGAACCCUGCAUACUCCAUACCAAUGUUUGGCAGCGCUGGAUACAGCCGAUCACCAUUCGCCAUGGCCGACGACUUUGCUGCCUGGCUGUUCAACGACAACCAGUUCAACCCAAGAGGUGGAUCGCCCAUGGACUACCCCGGCGGAGUCAGCUCUACAGGGGGCGCGUCAAGCCAGAUUGGUCUUCAAGCUCCGUACUUCAACUAUGACCCCUCGGUGGCUGGCUAUCUGAACAACCCUGCACCGCCUUCCCACCCCAUGGCUGUUCACAGCAUUUUGGACACAACCCUUCCAGAAUCUGCCCUGUCAGAAGAGAAGCGCAAAGAUCUCAUUGACUUGAUUCAUCUCCGUUUCAACGAGACUGACCAUGCACCGGUCAAGAAGCAAAAAGAGGAUAUUAUGGAUGGCGACAAGGACGAUAGCCGUCACGUCCUGAGUCUUCACAUGAUGCAGACGUACAUUAGCUCGUACUGGGUUCACUUCCACCCGCAGCUGCCGAUACUGCACAAGCCAACCUUUAACGCGAGCACUUGCCCCGACCUGUUGCUGCUCGCUAUCAUGUGUCUUGGAGCAUCUUGUCUGGAGAAGACAUAUGGCCGAGAAACCACACAAGCCUGUGCUGAGCUGGCCAACUUCCUCGCCUGGCACUUGCGCUGGGAGAUGUUUAUGGAUGCCGAUUUCCGCCCACCCGCCAAACUUUGGAUCUUCCAGGGGCUGCUCUUGCUCGAGAGUUUUGAAAAGAUGUACUCGACGCGCCCACUACACGAACGAGCACAUAUUCACCAUGCAACGACAUUGACGCUGAUGAGGCGAGGAAGCUCGUUGAUUGGUCGUUCGGCCAUGGACUCACCUCCCAGCGUCAAGGACGGCAAAAGCAAUGGAAUCGCAAACACGCCAGACGAAUGGUGGAACCACUGGAUCACGAACGAGGCUACUCGGAGAGCUGCCUUUGCAGCCUUCGUCAUGGACAGCAUCCAUGCCACCAUGUUUGGUCAUAGCGCUGUCAUGGUCGCCCACGAGAUGCGUCUUCCUUUGCCCUGUGACGAAGCCUUGUGGUCUGCGACGAGCAGUUCCGAAGUGGGUCGGGUUGAGCAGACUCUAACAUCAAACGGGAUCAAGCCGAUGUCGUUCCUUGACGGUCUUAAGAAGACACUCAAUGGACAGUCGGUCCGCACAAACUCGUUUGGGCGCACCAUCCUCAUGGCUGGCCUGCUGAGUGUAUCAUGGCACAUGAACCAGCGAGAUUUGCAGGUCAGCUCUCUCGGUGUGACUACAGCGUUGGGUGGGCGUGAUAAAUGGCGAGGUUCCCUCACUCGGGCUUUCGACUUCUGGAAGCAGGACUUCGACAACUCACUUAAUCGAUCGGACGAGUCAUCUUCCUCCAACUCCCACAACCAUUCUCGGGGUAUCGACGACGAUAUCGUCUUCGAGUCCCGCACUGUCCUUCAUCACCUGGCGCACAUGGCAAUGCACGUGGACAUUGUCGAUUGCCAAAUCUACGCCGGAGCACCCAGACUGCUCGGCAGGUCAAUAACGUCACAAGACUACAAUGGCGCUCAACGCCGGAUGAAGGAUGUAUGGGCCCCCACCGCCCGAGCCCGGGACGCCACCUUCUAUGCUCUGCGCUUCUUGUCCAGCGUCAUGGUUGCUGGGGAUCAUAGUCUGAAUCCCAGCACCCCGGCAACUGCUGGCAUUUCUUACUCUGCACGCGACGAUUACCUCCUCAACCGACCGUGGGUGCUAUACUUUGCCACAUUAAUUGUGUGGUCGUACGGAUUCGCACUUGACGGGCCAGUCAAGGAACCUUAUCAGCUCCCUACUUAUGACGACAAGGUCAGAGACAUGGUGUUGUAUCUCAACCGUGUUGGUGGAGUCAGGUCGCCAGAGGACUUGAGCAAGGUCACAAACCGCAAUGCCUGCUUGGGGUUGCUCAUCAUCAUGAGGGACAUGUUCAAGAAGACAAGAUGGGAGUUGCUCCACGAGGCAAGCAAUUUGCUGAACAAGUGCAUUGAGAUGCUCAUUCCAGGGGCAACCGUGGUAUAAGCACACGUAUGGACGAUGAUAUUAUUCUUUUGCUUCUCAAUGCCGCAACAUUGGAUCUGGCCAGCAAAUCUAUGGGGUCAGGUAUUAUGUUUAUCACGAGGUUAUGGUAUGGUAUGUAUAUGCUAUUUAAGGU